AUGAACUCAUCUGCAGCAAACGGCUCUUCCACCCCGGCUGUGUUUACCAGGGAUAAUUUUGUGGCAGCUGUGGUGAAGAAUGUGAUUGUCACAACUCUCUGCCUCUCUAUCAACUACAUCAACGGCAUCCUGCUGCACACCUUCAGAAAGCACCAGGUGUUGAACUCUAACCCUCGCUACAUCCUGUUCAUCCACCUGGUGAUAAACGACAUCACUCAGCUGGCUGUGUCCACCCUGCUCCACAUCAUCAUCUACGCUUUCUACACCAUCACGAUGCCCGUCUGCACCGUCCUGCUCAUCAUCGCCAUCACCGCCACCUUCAACACGCCGCUGAACCUGGCCAGCAUGGCGGUGGAGUGCUACAUCGCCGUGUGCGUCCCGCUGCGUCACUCGCAGAUCUGCACGGUGAGGAAGACCUACGCGCUGAUCGGCCUGAUCUGGGUGGCCAGCUCGCUCUCCAUCCUGCCCGACCUCUUCGUGCUGCUGGCCACCGAGCCGCUGAGCUUCCUCCGCUCCAAAGUGCUGUGCGCCAGAGACUUUGUCUUCAGGAGCUCGUACAGCCUGAGGAAGCGGGACACUUCCCACAUCGUGUGUCUGGUGGUGGUCUGGCUCACGCUCAUAUACACCUACUUCAGGAUCCUGUUCGCGGCCAAAGGAGCCACGGCGGACUCCAGAAAAGCCCGGAACACCAUCCUCCUGCACGGCUUCCAGCUCAUGCUGUGCAUGCUGACCUACGUGAGACCCAUGUUCGAACAGGGUCUGCUCCUCCUGAUGCCCCACAAGUACCCGGACAUCCGCUUCGCGUUUUACGUCAUCGUGCAGAUCCUGCCGCGCUUCGUCAGCCCCGUCGUGUACGGGCUGAGAGACCAGACCUUCAGGGCCUACGUGAGGAGGUACCUGCUCUGUAGGGGCCACAGAGGCAGCCAGCAGAAACACCUCACCAGGACCAAAACAGCGACACAGUGA